UUAGAUGCUUGUUGCACCGCUUAAACGAAACAAUUUUUAUGUGAUCGAUUUCUUAAAUUUAAUCGUUAAAUAUUUAAUAAACAACUACUAAAAAUCGCAUAAAAUGAUUUUAUUGAUAUUUGCUUCAUUUUCGGUUAUAACUUAUCUCUUUUUGACAUGGAACUUCACCUAUUGGCGAAUUCGCGGGGUAAAAGGGCCGAAUCCGCUGCCCAUAUUCGGCUCAUUUCCUGGUUUAAUUGUGAAGAAUCAACAUUUUGCAGACAAUAUAAGUGAUAUUUAUAGAAAGUAUAAAGAGAGUGACAGUUAUGUGGGCGUUUUCCUUUUACGUACUCCGCAACUAAUGUUGUUAGAACCGAAAUUGGUACAUGAUGUUUUCGUAACUUCAUUUAAUCAUUUCAACUCAAAUGAUGUGGCGAAAUUGAUUGAUAAAAAAAAGGACCCAUUGAUUGCCAAUAAUCCUUUCAUAUUGAGCGGUAAAGAGUGGCGUGAGAAGCGAGCCUUACUUUCACCGGGUCUUACAAUUGGACGAACUAGAUAUGCAUACCCCAUAAUGCAAUCGGUUUCUAAAUCUUGGAGCUUAUACUUGAAAAGUCAGAUAGAUAUUCAACACAUGGAUGGUUUAAAUGGGAAAGACAUUGCGCUACGUUUCACCUCCGAAAAUAUAGCCAACUGUGUGCUUGGCAUUACAUCCAAUACUUUUAGCGACCAAUUCCUACCAAUUGCGAAAUACGUAAAGCUGUUUUCCGAAAAUAGUACUGUUUUUAUUAUUUACACAUUUAUCGCCGGUCUUUUUCCAAACAUAGUAAAUUUCAUGAAAGUCAAAUUCAUUCCAAAAAAAUGCGAGGACUUUUUCGAAAAUCUAAUUCGAGAAGCCUAUACCAUACGAGUAAGAAGUAAAAUAAGACGAAAUGACUUUAUGGAUCAUCUUGUAACAUUGGUGAAAAGUAAACUCCUUAACGAACACGAAGUAGCUUCACAUGCAAUGACAUUCCUCAUCGACGGCUUGGAUACAUCAGCCACAGUUAUAUCUCAUUGUUUAUUUCUAUUGGGUCGUCACCAAACGGCGCAAAAGAAGUUACUUUGUGAAAUAACGAAGAAUUCUAUAAAUGGCGAAUUGAGUUUCGAUAAACUAAAUCAACUUUCUUAUUUGGAUGCUUGCAUAAACGAAACUAUUAGAAUUCUGCCGCCCGGUUUGUGGUCAAUAAAAACGUGUACCGCGCCACAUACCUUCACAGGCAAGAACGGCGAACGUGUUUCUUUAGCCAUCGGUGACUCCGUUUUAAUACCAAUAUACGCUCUCCAUCAUGAUUCUAAUUACUACACAAAUCCCGAACAAUUUCAACCCGAGCGUUUUCUUAACGAAAAAGGCAGUAAACUGAAAACAUUUCAUGACAUUGGAGUAUUUCUGGGCUUUGGUCAUGGUCCCCGAACUUGUUUAGGAUCUUACUUUGCAACUGUUCAAAUAAAGGUAGCGAUUGCUUCGAUCGUGCGCAGCUUUAAAAUAUCUCUGAACGCAAAAACCAAACCUUAUGUUAAACUGGAUCCGAAAAUGUUUCUAGCCCACCAGGAUGGAGGUGUUUGGUUAGAUUUUCAGCUCAGAAGUUGAUAUGUACACAUUUUUAAAAUUAUUCUACAGCAUGU